CGCGUUUCAUACGAAGCUGAUAUAACAACUUCCUGUCUGUAAAUGAAAGUGAAAGCGAUUUAAACCUGCAGUCGUCAUUUUGUCAAGAAACACGAAUAUGAUUCUGGGAAAGUAAAAAGAUAUUUUUAUUGCCAGAGGCCCCAACAGGAAUCAACUGGUCUGGAUCGGCACAAAAAUGGACAAGGAGAGAGGAAAUAGAGGAGCUGCUUCUGAAAUGUGCCCCCCUGUGGGGUGUAACAGAAAGAGCCCUGAGAGUGUCCCGAUGGAGAGAGCAGACUCCCCUGUACCCAGCUGUGUCUCCAUGAAGAGUGACAGGUCAAUGGAUCGACCACUCGUCUUCAGAGAGGGAACUUUUCCUACAGAUCAAAGAGACCAAAUGGAAGAAUGCAGUUCAGAUCUACAUGAUAAAUCAGGUUUAUCAUCCAUAUUGAAGUCACUAGAGGAAAAAGCCAUGAAGUUCCUAAAGGACGAGCUGGAGACGUUGAUGAUGUAUCUAGAUGAGAAUUACCCAGAAUGCUCUGAGCCUCAGCUGGAGGAGGACAAUGACCUGGACUGUGAUGGUCAGACGCAGAAGACCAGUGUUAGAGAGGUAGCUCUGAAGAUCACACUGUACAUCUUGAGGACCUUGAAGCAGAAUGAUCUUGCUGACAUGCUGGAGAAGAGACAGCUCAUGCUGCAACAUCAGCAGGAAAUCAAAUGUAAACUUAAGAAGCAAUUUGAGUGUGUAUUUGAAGGGAAAGCUAAGGAAGGACAGCCAACACUUCUCAGUGAGAUUUACACAGAACUCUACAUAACUGAAGGUGGGACUGGAGCUGUCAAUGAUGAACAUGAAGUGAGACAGAUUGAAACAGCAUCCAAGAAAAGGCGAACAGAAGAUACUACAGUCAAGUGUAAUAAUAUAUUUAAACCCUUAUGUGGGCGUGAGACACCUAUCAGAACUGUACUCACUAAAGGGGUGGCAGGUAUCGGGAAAACAGUCUCUGUGCAGAAACUUAUUCUCGACUGGGCAGAAGGAAAAGCAAACCAGGAUGUUCACUUCAUAUUUGCUCUUCCUUUCCGGGACCUGAAUUUGAUUAAGGGUGAAUACAGUCUGAUUGAACUGCUUCACCACUUUAUCCCAGAACUGAAAUCAUUUCAAUCCACUGAGCUGUUUAGGUACCAAGUCUUGUUCAUCUUUGAUGGCCUGGAUGAGUGUCGCCUUCCUCUGGAUUUUCAGAACAAUGAGAGCUGGUUUGAUGUAACAAAGAAAACAUCACUGGAUGUGCUGUUGACUAACCUCUUUAAGGGGAAUCUGCUCCCAUCCGCUCUCCUCUGGAUAACCUCCCGGCCAGCAGCAGCUAAUCAGAUACCUCCUGAGUGUGUCCACCAGGUGACAGAGAUACGAGGGUUCAGUGAUGCCCAGAAGGAAGAGUAUUUUGGGAGGAGAUUCAGUGAUCAAAGUCUGGCCAGCAGGAUUAUCACACAUGUGAAAUCAUCAAGGAGCCUCUUCAUCAUGUGCCACAUACCUGUGUUCUGCUGGAUUUCAGCCACUGUGCUUAAGAGGUUUUUUAGUGAGACUGACAGGGGAGAAAUUCCAAGGACUCUGACUGAAAUGUACACACACUUCCUGAUCUGUCAGACAAGUUUAAAAAAUGACAAGUAUAUGAAAAACCAUGAAACUAAGCUUAAGGAAUACAGCAAGGAAUUCCUUUUAAAACUUGGUAAACUGGCUUUUGACAACCUUGAGAAAGGCAAUCUCAUAUUUUAUGAGCAAGAUCUGUCAGAGAAUGACAUUGAUGUCACUGAAACUUCAGUUUACUCUGGAGUGUGCACAGAAGUCUUUAAAGAGGAGUAUGGGUUGUACCAGGAGAAGGUGUACUGCUUUGUGCAUCUGAGCAUCCAGGAGUAUCUCGCUGCUUUAUAUGUGUUUCUGUCAAACUCAUCAGCUGACCUGCUGAAGACUGCAGUGGAUCAGGCAUUAGAGAGCAAGAAUGGACACUUGGACCUCUACCUCCGCUUCCUCCUGGGCCUCUCAACAGACUCCAGUAAGACUCUGUUACAAAAACUACUGGGGCAAACAAAAACCAGCUCACGUAACAUUAAGAAAGUAACCAAAUACAUCAAGAACAAAAUAAAGGAGAAUUUAUCUCCAGAAAGGACCAUCAACCUGUUCCACUGUCUGAAUGAACUUGGUGACAAUUCUCUAGUAGAGGAAGUACAAAGAUACCUGAAUUCAGGAAACAUUUCAGCAGAAGACCUCUCACCUGCACAGUACUUAGCUCUGGCCUUUGUGAUGCUGAUGUCAGAUGAGGAGGUGGAUGUGUUUGAUCUGAAGAAAUACAUCAGAUCAGAUAAACAGCACUGCAGGCUGCUGCCUGUGGUCAAGAACUCCAGGACGGUUCUGCUGAAUGGCUGUAACCUCAUAGAUAAACACUGUGAAGUGCUGUCUUCAGCUCUAAGAUCAAACUCUUCCCCCCUGAGAGAGCUGGACCUGAGUGACAAUGACCUGAAGGAUUCAGGAGUGAAGCUGCUCUCUGCUGCACUGGGGAACUUACACUGUAAACUGGAGAUAUUGAGGCUGUCAGGCUGUAGAGUCACAGAAGAAGGCUGUUCUUCCCUGGCUUCAGCUCUGAGGUUAAACCCCUCACACCUGAGAGAGCUGGAUCUGAGCUACAAUCACCCAGGAGAAUCAGGGGUGAAGCUGCUCUCUGCUGUACUGGAAGAUCCCAGCUGUAAACUGGAGAAGCUGCAGGUGGGCCGGUGUGAACUCACAGAGAAAUGCUGUGAGGCACUGGCUCCAGCUCUCAGAUCAAACUCCUCACCCCUGAGAGAGCUGGACCUGAGUGACAAUGACCUACAGGACUCAGGAGUGAAGCUGCUCUCUGCUGGACUGGGGGAUUUACACUGUAAACUGGAGAUACUGAGGCUGUCAGGCUGUAGAGUCACAGAAGAAGGCUGUUCUUCCCUGGCUUCAGCUCUGAGGUCAAACCCCUCACACCUGAGAGAGCUGGAUCUGAGCUACAAUCACCCAGGAGACUCAGGAGUGAAGCUGCUCUCUGCUGUACUGGAGGAUCCCAGCUGUAAACUGGAGAAGCUGAAUAUGGAUCACGGUGGAGAGUGCAGGACCAGACCAGGCUUACAGAAAUACUCCUGCCGGCUGACGCUGGACCCCAACACAGCAAACAGAAGCCUGUCUCUGUCAGGGGGGAACAGGAAGGUGACACAUGGGUGGGGGGAAGAGCAGCCAUAUCCUGAUCAUCCAGAGAGAUUUGACAGCUGGUGCCCCCAAGUUCUGUGCAGAGAGAGUCUGACUGGCCGCUGUUACUGGGAGGCUGAGUGGGAUGGAUAUGCAGCCCUGAUAGGAGUGACUUAUAAAGGAAUUGGGAGGAAAGGAGGGAGGGGCUGUGGGCUUGGAGACAAUGACAAGUCAUGGUGUCUGCGCUGUGAUACUGACAGUUACUCUGUCCGGCACAAUAAUAAACAGACUCUCAUACCCAUACGGCCCUCAGGCUCCCGCAGAGUAGGAGUGUAUCUGGACUGGGGGGCUGGUGCUCUGUCCUUCUACAGAGUCUCCUCUGAUGGACUGACCCCCCUGCACAGAUUCACCUCCUCAUUCACUGAGUCCCUCUAUCCAGGGUUUUAUGUUUAUAUAAACUCCUCAGUGUCACUGUGACGUGUUGCUGGUUCUCCUGGCAAAAGGGUAAAAUCUCUGCUUUUUAACCUUUAUAAUCCUUUUUACUCUGAAAUGUACAGUACUGAGCAAAAGUCUUAGGCAGGCAAAGAAAAUGAUGUUUAGAUUAUCCUCCUGUUGGUGUAAAACUCUGAUAUGAUGCCUGUCAAAGUGUGUCAGCUUCGCCAUUUCAGAACCUCUGCUAAAAUCAUCCUAGUAUUUGCAGCGACCGUCCAGUGCAGCCAUGUAUUUUUUGACUUGGCCACUAGCACACCUCAUACAGCUGGUCAAUCUCUCACUGACUUUUUAAACCGAUAAAUUUAAUUAUUCAAUUGAGCUUUUGGUGAAUUUUAACAAAAUCAUGGAAUGACUGAGGUGCCCCUGAGGAGAAGUUUGGGAACUGAAGCGGUGUUCAUCUAGCCAUCCAACUAGAUAUCAGUAACUUUUUAGAAAACAGAAGAAAUUAUUACUAGUUUUUAUUGUGUUACUCUUAAUUUGCACACGUUCUAAUGUUAAAUUGUGUUUUUUGUUCUAAGCCAAAGUACACUUGCUACCCAGAUAAACAGCUUUAAACAUUUCUUUGGACUGGCUAAGACUUUUGCACAGUACUGUAUGUUUGACAAAAAAUAAAUGUGUUCAGUGAGCUGAAUAAACAUGAAAAAUAGUUUUUAUCUGACUAAAAUAUAACUAAAUGUAAUUCUGAUGAGUGGGGCGCUUUCCCCCUCCCCUGUAUAUGUACAUUUUAUAUAUUUAUGUCCAUUUACUGUAUUUCCUCCCUGUACAAUGACAAUAAAGGCUUUCUGUUCUGUCCUA